UCCUCGACGGCCUCCCACCCAGUUCCCGGCUCGCUCAUGGCGAGGGCCUGACUUCCGCCUCCCUCUCGAGCUUCCCCAUCGGCCUCCUGGGCGCCCCGCUGACCGCCGCGGCCGAGCCGUCGCCUGCUUCGUCCGCCGCCGCGGGGGGACCGGGGGAUGGGCGUGCACGGGCUGUGGGGGCUGCUGGCCCCGGUGGGGCGGCGCGUGUCGGUGGAGACCCUGGCGGGGAAGCGGCUGGCGGUGGACGCCAGCAUCUGGAUGGUGCAGUUCAUGCGGGCGAUGCGGGACGACAAGGGCGACAUGGUCCGCGACGCCCACAUCCUCGGCUUCCUCCGCCGCAUCUGCAAGCUCCUCUUCCUCCGGGCCCGCCCGGUCUUCGUCUUCGACGGCGCCACGCCGGCCCUCAAGCGCCGCACCCUCGCCGCCCGCCGCCGGAACCGCGACGCCGCGCAGGCCAAGGUCCGCAAGACCGCCGAGAAGCUCCUAAUCUCCCAUCUCAAGGCAAGUAGGCUUGAAGAAUUGGCAGCUCAAAUCAAAAGUGACAGGGCUAAGCAUGAUGCUAAGGGCAAGCAGGUUGGGAGCAGUAGAGGAGAAGAAACUGAGAAAACAGAUGGAGAUCAAAACCGAAAUGACGAUGGCGAGAACAGCAGGGGGGCAGCUGCACCAAUCAACCAGGAAAAAUUGGAUGAACUGCUGGCAGCGUCACUUGCUGCAGAGGACGAGGCAGGUUUGACUGGCAAAGGGGAACGAAAUCCUGCAAGUGUCCCAUCACAAGAAGGAACUGGCAUUGACGAAGAUGAGAACGACGAUGAUGAAGAGAUGAUAUUUCCUAUUACAACUGGUGACAUUGAUCCUGCUGUGUUAGCUUCUCUCCCUCCAUCAAUGCAGCUAGAUCUACUUGUUCAGAUGAGGGAGAGGGUGAUGGCUGAAAACAGGCAGAAGUACCAAAAAAUAAAAAAGGAGCCUGCAAAAUUUUCAGAGCUUCAAAUACAGUCCUAUCUGAAAACGGUUGCUUUUCGUCGAGAGAUAGAAGAAGUUCGGAAGGGUGCUGCAGGUAAGGAUGUUGGGGGCAUCCAGACAUCGAAAAUAGCAUCGGAAGCUAACAGAGAGUUCAUUUUCUCAUCAUCAUUCACUGGUGAUAAACAGACAUUGGCACAAAGAGGUGUAGAGGAGCAGAUUGUUGAUAGCGGUAAAUCAAAAAGGGAAAUUAGUUCUGCUAUCUUCAAAUCCAGUCCGUCAAGUAGUUCUAGAUCAAUUAAACCUCACAGCGGUGAGCCUUCAACGGGUUUUGGGCCUGAUGUUGAGACAUAUCGUGAUGAGAGAGGAAGGAUGAGAGUAAGUAGGGUGAGAGGAAUGGGAAUUCGUAUGACUCGUGAUAUUCAAAGGAAUUUGGAUUUUAUCAAAGAGCAUGAGCAGGCAAAAAGCAUGGGACAGGCCAACAUAGGCAAAGGAUCAACUAACAAUGAAGAACCACCAGAUUUUCCAGAACAUCUUUUUGAAAAUGAUGGGCUGCAAAGCUCUGUUGGUCUAGGUGAAGAUUUUGGUGAAAUUAUUGGUGACAACCAUCACACAUCGUCACUUGUAGGAGGAUCUGAUGAUAUUUCUGAGAGUUCCUGCCAUGAGAGCAAAGAUACAAUAGAGAUAUCUUUUGUGGAUGAUCAAAUUGGAGUGAAGGACAACGACGACAAGCUAUUUUUGCAUUUAGUUUCUGGAACUUCAUCCAAGUUAUUUGCUGAUGGUGAUCGUUUGGCUAAAACUACAGAAGAAUCUGACAACUCCGAGGGUAUUUGGGAAGAAGGUGUCAUAGAAGAACAAACACUUCCUAUGAAGGUUGGUGAGAAGGAUUAUCAAUCAUCACCUCCUGAUAACUGUUGUACUGACGAUGAGGUGGAAUGGGAGGAAGGUGUCUGUGAUGUUCCUGAAGUUCCUUUUAGUAGUGAAUACAAUCAGUGUAAAUUACCAAAAGGGGAUAUAGAAGAAGAGGCUCUCAUACAGGAAGCAAUAAGGAGAAGUUUAGAGGACUCCGAGAAGCAGGAAUUUGAAAAUGGAAUCCCUGAAGAUUUGGAAACAUCUAUUGAAGAUAAAUCUUUGCAAUCUCAUGAUGUUCCCAAACCAUCUGAAGCUCCUGCUACAACUUAUUCCCACUCCGAAGCUUCUUUUGGUAAAGAAACAAUCAAAGAAAUGGGAAUAAAAAACAGUUCUGGUGAGGUUGGUGUUAUGCAUGAUCCUGAAGUGCUUGAAGCUGAAAGAAAAGAAAAUGAAAAACAAGCUCAACUGGAGAGUAAUGAUGGACGAGCUGGUACAAACACAGAUUAUUCGCGGGGGUCUUCUCCAGUGUAUAAUGUAUCCACAAGUACUCUUACUGCAAGGCCAUCUUGCAGCCCAAAGGUUCAGGACAAUGAUGCAAUCGUGUCCGCAACCAGCGUUCAUGAGUGGCCUAAAGAGGAAGAGCAAAACACUUUGAAUUCUCAUAAAUCAGAAUGCAACACAAAUGAUCCUUAUAUUGGAGAAACCUCCAUGGCGGCCCACAAGGAACCUUUGAUGGAUGAAUUGGUAGCCAAUGAUGCCAUACAAAAGGAAAAUGUUAUUCAGGAAGAUAUGAACAUUACCACUUCUGAGAUCAACAGUACACGAUUAAAUGAGAAUUAUGAUAGCCAUAUUAUAUCAGAAAAUAAUCUGGAGAAGGAAAUAUCUUUUCUUAGACAAGAACAGGUAGAUCUUGGAAAUGAAAGGCGAAAACUUGAAAGCCAUGCAGAGUCUCUCAGCAGUGAGAUGUUUGCUGAGUGCCAGGAAUUGCUCCAAAUGUUCGGCUUGCCGUAUAUAAUUGCACCAAUGGAAGCUGAAGCUCAGUGUGCUUACAUGGAAAUCAACAACCUUGUUGAUGGAGUUGUUACUGAUGAUUCAGAUGUCUUCCUGUUUGGGGCAAGGAAUGUUUAUAAAAAUAUAUUUGAUGAUAGGAAGUAUGUGGAAACAUACCUUAUGAAGGACAUCGAGUCGGAGCUGGGACUAACAAGGGAACAGUUAAUUCGUAUGGCUCUGCUUCUGGGGAGUGACUACACUGAAGGAAUUAGUGGUAUUGGCAUUGUGAACGCUAUUGAAGUUGUACAUGCAUUUCCUGAGGAAGAUGGCCUCCAACAGUUCAGAGAAUGGAUUGAAUCACCGGAUCCAGCGAUAUUGGGGAAAUUUGAUGUCGAAACCAGUGGCAGCUCAAAGAGAAGGAAAUCUGGUGGAAAUGAAUCGUGUGAAAAAGGAAAUAGCCUGGAACCUGAAUGUGUUGAAGGUUCUGAUAAUAACCAAUCUUCUAAUGAGACCCAACAUAUCAAGGAAGUAUUUAUGAGUAACCAUAGGAACGUGAGCAAGAACUGGCAUAUACCUUCCACUUUUCCUAGUGAGACAGUCAUCAAUGCAUACAUUUCUCCCCAAGUGGAUGAUUCAACAGAACGUUUUUCCUGGGGAAGACCAGACUUAAGCUUGCUACGCAAGUUAUGUUGGGAAAGGUUUGGCUGGAACAAGGAGAAAGCUGACGAACUGCUGCUUCCUGUUUUGAAAGAGUAUAAUAAGCAUGAGACUCAGCUGCGCAUGGAGGCAUUUUAUUCAUUCAAUGAGAGAUUUGCAAAAAUACGUAGCAAAAGGAUUCAGAAAGCUAUCAAGGGUAUCACAGGGAAAACUUUCUCAGAAACGGAUGAACUCAAUGAGGAUAGUCCCAGUACUAGUGAUGCACCCAAGAAGAAAGAGGCAGGCCGCUCUAGCCGUGCUAAACCGAGAGGAAAAAGGAACACCGGUGCUGAACCUAGAAACAUGGGAAGUCAAGAAGAUGACAAAAUUGGUGAUCCUAAUAGCUUUGCCGAUGCGGAUGCACUUGCGGAAGAACAGAGAAAUGUCAGUAAGAAGAAGAACGCAAGCCCCUCAGGUCGUUCUAGAGGGAGAGGUCGAAAAAAGAUGAAUGUUCGACAAGAGACUACUAGAGAUGAGGAAGAUUUCGAAGUUCAAAUGUCUAAUUUGUCCGCAGAUGAGGACUCGCAUAAAAGGCACACCAACAAAUACAAAUCAGAAGGAAUAACAGUACGUAAGUCCAACCGGAAGAGGAAACAAGUAACGUACAUGGAAGAUGACCACGAAGCUGAUGACAAUACUGUCCCCUUGCAUCAAGUCGAUGAAGAUGACCCUAGCCAAAUUGGCACCGACAUUGACACAGCUGGACGAGACACGCAAUCCAAUCUGCUCCAUCAGGAUACAAGUGAACUGAACAGCGACCAGAUGCACAUGGACCCAGGCACUGCCGAAGAUCUGAAUGAAGAUCCCUUGGGCUUUGAGUUAUAUGAUGACCAGACUGAUUCUGCACCAAAAGAAUACCUUUUCACUGGAGGCGGAUUCUGUGCGGAGGAGGAUGAACAAGAUACAGCGGUUGAUCGAUCUGGCGGGGAAACAGUGGGUGGAACAAGUGACGCAUGUGAGGAUAUCGCGGGGGUUUCUGACGGCGGUAAAAGUAUAGGCUUGUCGACGCCGACUGAAGAGUGUGCAGAGGAUACUAGUACGGACGCCCGGGGUGCAUCUUCAUCGAAGCGACACAAUGCUGGCAGUGGUCUGCCCAAGAUUGCCAAACGUAGGAGAAAAUAACUGGCUUCCUCAUAGUGCAUCAUGCCUGUCUGUCAUUAUAGGUUCGAGUUUAUGUGUAGCCCACGUUUCGACAUUUUGCUUGGCAACCCUGUAGUGCAUCACUUGCUACUGCUUUGCUGUAGCUCUGUUCUCGUGCAUAGUCUGAAAUGCUGGUAAAAUAACUGUAUAGGACGAAGUUUUUGGUUGCUUCAGGUUACAACCAUCGUAGCCAGGUCUAUGAUCUAUGUAUAAUUAUUAUGCGGGCUGGUUAAGCAUGGCUGGGAGGGAGGUCCUGGUGAAGUAAAUUACUCUA